AUGCAGGAAGUAGGAGAAAAUGAGACAGAAGUGACUGAAUUUAUCCUCAUAGGCUGGUCAGGCAGACCCAAGGCAAGGAUGAGUUUAAUGGCCAUCAUGAUAAUUGCCUAUUCAAUAACUGUUGUUGGAAAUGGUCUCAUUGUCAUUGUGAUCAUAUCUGAUCCACGGCUCCACAACCCAAUGUAUUUUUUCCUGUGUAAUUUGUCCAUCCUUGACCUCUUUUUCACGUCAGCUGGGAUCCCUCAAUCUAUAGCUAAUUGCAUGGUGGACAGACCUGUUGUAUCUCUUCCAUUGUGCUUCACCCAACUUUAUAGUGGUCUCUUCUUUGGAGCAACUGAGUGUUUCCUUCUGGCUGUCAUGGCUUAUGACCGUUACGUGGCCAUAUCCAACCCACUCCGCUACACUCUCAUCAUGAACAGGACAGUCUGCAUCCUUUUAGUCAGUGCUACAUGGACAAUAGCCUUUAUGCUUACAGUAGUGCCCUGUCUUGCUAAACCAGCUAGAUUCUGUGGAAACAAUGAGGUGGAUCAUAUAUCAUGUGAAUUUAAAGCUGUCAUCAAACUAAUUUGCACUGAUACCUCUUCAAGCCAAAUAAGCAUAUCUCUCACCAGCAUGUUUACACUGGUUCUCCCUCUUGGAUUUAUCCUUUUUUCCUACAUGCGCAUUAUUGCAGCAAUCCUGAGGAUGCACUCAGAAGGAAGCAGACUGAAGGCAUUUUCCACAUGUGGGUCUCACCUGGUUGUGGUGACUAUGUUCUAUGGCACCGCUAUAUUUGGGUACAUCCUUCCCCAAAACAAGAACACCCGUGACGUUGACAAAAUAAUUUUUGUAUUUUAUGCAGUGCUGACACCCAUGUUUAAUCCUUUAAUUUAUACUCUGAGAAACCAAGAAGUGUUGGGAGCAUUGAAGAGAACGAUGGGUAAAAAGGCUGAUGGAUAA